AUCUGUGGAUUAGAGAAGUAACCGAACGGUUCCAUUCAAAAAUCACUUCACUCGACAUCAACAUUGUUUUGGCGCGAAGUUGUUUUAGAGCAAGAGUUAACAAAAAGUACAAACUUGAUUGAUUCAUCUUAUUGCAUCUUAUCGUAUACAUUAAGACACAUUAACGUAAGAAAAAUGGAAGAUGCGAUAACGGCACGUUUAAAAAAGCUAGUAUCAAAUAGCAAUGAAGCUCUGGAAUUCAGAUUGAUCCGUGAUCUUGAUGACUUGAAUUCAAAAGAGGCUGUAUUUAAACCAGAAAUGACUUAUCAAGUGUUUGGCGACAGGGAAAUAAUAUUUGGUUAUGGUGAAUUAAACGUACAGCUGUUCUACUCAGCAGGCUGUUUAGAAACAUAUUUGGGAAUGACAUAUAAAGAAAAAGUGAAUGAGAAAUGUGACGGAGUUGAAGCGGAUGAAGUUUUAACAAAGAUCGCCACAAAGCUCGCCCCUAAUGUCCACUACAGUUUAAGUAACUUUACUAAUUCACUUUCCAAGGAUGAAACAUUUAUACCAUACGGAGAAUUAAAACAUUCUUUCUCAGUGAAUGAUCAAGGUGCCAAGAGGCAAUUUGUGGUCUACAAAGCAGAUAUGAACUACAAAGGAUUCAAAGAAUACCAUCAAAGGGUUCAAACAUUUCUUCUUUGGUAUAUAGAUGCGGCUCUUUUUAUUGACCUUGAUGAUGAUCAAUGGCAAUAUUUCAAUUUGUUUGAAAAAUAUACCACACCUAUGGGUACAACUCGAUAUGCGACAGUUGGUUUUGCUACUGUGUAUCGAUAUUAUGCGUAUCCGCAGCACAUUCGACCACGUAUCGCUCAAUUUUUAAUUUUACCACCGUUUCGAAGGAUGGGUCUUGGCACACAUUUAUUGCAAACAAUUUAUCGCGAGUACAUUGGGAGGGAAGAAGUAAAAGAUAUAACAGUUGAAAGUCCGUCUGAAGUAUUCCAACGACUGCGAAACUAUGUAGAUGCUUUAAAUUGCAGCAUGUUGCCUAGUUUUGAGCCAGAAAAUUUGAGACAAGGUUUCAGCGACAAAAUGAUCAUUGAAGCUAGAGAUCAUUUGAAAAUAAACAAGAAACAGGCUCGUAUAGUAUACGAAAUUCUACGAUUGCGCGCGACGAAUGUAGCAAAUCCGGAAGAAUAUCAGGCAUACAGAAUAGAUGUAAAAAAAAGACUGAAUAUACCGUUUAAAAGAAAGCAGAAUGAAGAAUUAAAAAUAGAACGCGCGUUAAAAAACGUUAAUAAAGGAACUUAUACUAAAGAGAAUGGUCUACCGUCUGAUGAGCAGCGCAAAGAGAUAUUGCAACAGGAAUACGAGUUCUUGGAAGAGGAAUACAAAAUGGUCGUUAAACGUUUGGAAUACGCCGUCGAUCUGUGAAACGAUAAUUGAAUUUAUACAAAUUGAUUGAUAUUAAUUAUGAAAUUUUUAAGCCAUGAAAGUGAAAUAUAAUAAUAAU